CGUUUAAACAUAGUUUAUACAGUCUUGUUUAAAUCUAUGACCUAUAUAUCAACUCUACCUUUUGCACAGUUAGACACGCUUCGGAAGCUUCUUAUACUGUAAAGAAUUUCACGCACCGUGAAGUUUCGUCCGCGUUAUUUACUUAAAGCGAACACAGAAAGAAAGUCCGGAUUGAGAAGCAUGGGGAAAGGCAGGAACAUAUCCAAGUCCAGAGCAUGGGUGAUAGUCACUGUUCUCACAUGUGCAGCCAUAAUUGGCAUCGGGCUCGGUCUGGGCCUCGGUCUAAAGAAAGUCGCUGAGUCUGGCUCAGCAAAAGGCGAAGAAACAACAACAGUAACGCCAACGUCGCCUUCACCGCUAUAUUCUCCACCUUCACCUUCACCGGAAGGAAAAUACCGCUUUGCAGCGGUAGCAGCCGACAAUGCAGAAUGUUCCAAAAUUGGAAAUCACAUAAUGGCUGUACAAGGAGGUAGCGCUGUCGAUGCGGCGAUAGCGGCCAUCUUGUGCGUUGGGGUUCACAACAUGCAUAGUUGUGGGAUUGGAGGCGGCCAUUUUCUGACCUACUAUAAAAGAACUUCUGGAAAGACAUACGCGUUGGUAUCUCGGGAGCAAGCACCUGCCAUGGCAACAGAGGACAUGUUCACUUCCGGGAAGAACGCCUCCUCCACUGCAGGUGGAAAAGCUAUCGCUAUACCCGGUGAAGUUCGCGGUCUAUAUGAGGCCUGGAAACUUGGUGGUCGGUUACCAUGGAAGCAAUUAUUUCAACCAGCAAUAAAGCUUUGCAUGCAAGGAUUCAAUGUCAGCAAAGCGCUCAGUGAAAAUAUGGCAGGAAGAGAGGUUGAGUUCAAGAAUUUCACUUUAUUCGUACAGCUGAUCACAAACCCCAAAACUGGCAAAACGUACAAAGAAGGCGAAACGAUCAAGCUUCCAAAGUUGGCGCAAACUUUACAGGUUAUCGCCGACGAAGGCCCAAAUGCAUUUUAUAACGGCAGUUUAACAGACAACAUCGUUGCAGACAUUCAGGAAGCGGGUGGUAUAAUCACAAAACAGGACUUGGCCAAUUACACGUCAUUGGUUGGGGAUGCGCUAAACUUCACUCUUCAUGGAAACUACACAGCGUAUUCUCCACCUAUGCCUUCCAGUGGAGCCGUCUAUCUUUUUAUAUUGAACAUUCUGAAUGAUUUCAAGUUUAAUCCGGACACCGUAUCCAAUGUUGGCAGCGCAACCACCACGUGGCAUCGAGUAACUGAGGCAUUUAAGCAUGCAUAUUCACUGCGCACACAGCUUGGUGAUAACAACGUUGGCUCGGAGGCAUUUAGGACGUAUGUUGCAAAACUAGUAAAAAACAUGACUGACCCUUCAUUCGGUUACGCCCGAAGACAGCAGAUCAAUGAUUCGAGAACAUUCGGCUCGGACUACUACAAUCCGAUAUUUGACAGCCCCUGGAAUGAUUACGGCACCGCCCAUCUAUCCGUUCUUGGACCGGACGGAGACGCCGUGUCCAUUACCAGCACUGUUAACCUGCAAUUUGGUUCCAAAGUGAUAGGCAAUCGUACGGGAAUCAUAUUCAACAACGAAAUGGACGAUUUCUCCACGCCAGGGACUGUGAACUAUUUUGGAGUGCCGGCGUCUAAGGCAAAUUUCAUCGCUCCUUGGAAGCGCCCAUUGUCCUCCAUGUGCCCAAGCAUUGUCGUUGACGGAGACGGUAAUGUUCGUCUGGUAAUCGGCGCUUCCGGUGGUACCCGAAUUACAACUACAACGGCAUUGGCGACCAUAGAGGCAUUACAGUGGAACUGGUCAAUAAAAGAGGCUAUAGACUACCCGCGUAUUCAUCACCAACUGUUUCCACAAGAACUGUCAGUGCAGAGAGGUUUUCCACAGGUGGUAAUAGACGGUCUGAAAGCACUUGGUCACAAUGUCUCGGUGGUAUCUAGCGCGAGUAGCAUUUGCCAAGGUAUCUUACGAAAGGAGAAAUUUGUCAUGGCAAAUUCCGAUUAUAGAAAAUACGGUGAACCCGAUGGAUAUUAAUCUGCUGUACAGCAUUAUCAUCAGCAUAUGCGAAACAUCUUUGUGAUAUUCAUCUUUAUGGAAAAUCACGUGCCACACGAGUAUUGUAGUCAUUGUUAUUUUUGGGGAAAAAACAAAUGGGGGGGGGGGGGAAUUAAGCCACCAGCAAUAACUUCAUUGAACAAAGUGCAUUAAGUGUUUUCAUUCAGUAACUGCAAACGAUAGUUAAAUUAAUUAAUUAAAUUAAAUGUCGGUUUAUUUUAUUUUUCGGUCUAAACCACUUAAUUAUACUAUCAAAACAUCGUUCCGGCUCCAUAUGGCCCUGAGCAACCGCCUCAUUUAAUAAAGUGGAUAUGUUGCUUUCAAUACAAUUAGUAUGACAACAAGUGAAUAUUUAAUGUCGGAGCAUUCGAAAUUAGAUUUAAUAACGCCUAAUUAGUUUUGGUGUAAAAAAUAAACCUUUUUUUAAUUCGGAACAAAGUGCUAUAAUAUUUGAAUAUGCAUUGAGGAUUGUAAUAUUGAAUCUCAAGUAAAUUUAUCUUCGGUGUAAAAUUUGCAAGAGCGCUUUUGUACACUUUUCUGAAUUUCAGUCAAUUUCGACCAUAUAGUUCACAAACAGAUAGUUGUUUCUGUAAUCGAGUGUUCAUUAAUAUUUCGUUGUAGUUUUUGGUUACCUAUAUACCUAAAGAAAUGCUUUUCCUAGAUGCUUAGAAACAUCAAAUUAUCAAUGGAUGAUACAACUGAUAAUUACAAUUCUAUAAAUAGAUAUCGCUUUUAAAUAAAUCACUUAUAGACACGUAAUGUCAAUAUACUCUUACAUGAUGGUAUAAAGAAAGAUUAACCGACUAAAUCAGUUGAUGAGAACAUGUCAAAAAUACUCUUUGUUUAUGGAUUUUAUAUAACAGUGUUAAAUCAUUGUUGGUGAUAUGUAUGUAAACAUAGUGUAAGAUCACAAUCAUGUAGCGUAUCAUUACCUCAUAUAUUUGACAAUUAAAAUGUCCAACAUCUCGAUUAAAUCAGAUGAGAAGGUGUCAAAACCAUUUUUGAGGGACUGUUUUUGUAUUUCGUUUAUUUACAUGUAGCAUUAUGGUCACAUUUAUAAACAAGAAUGAAAACUCAAAAUUUUAUUUGAAUUGUCACAUUAUAAUAAUAGUCAUAUUUUAACAAGUUCUGUUUGAAACUUUUGUAUGAAUUUAUUAUUUUAUAAAAUUAACCAUUUUUCUAAUGUAUGAAUUUCAACUAUAUAGUUUCAUAUAUAAAUGUGUUUAUUUUAUAUUUUUAUAUUUUUAAUGCACCACUACUUUAUAA